UGCCCUCUGCUCUUUUCCUGCUGCGCAGCUUUUAUUCACCAGCCUUUUUUUUCCCCCCUCUCUGCUCUUUGCAUUUCCAAUCGAACAAGCCACCAUGAGUCGGAUCUCUUUCAGAUCAUCUACUGGAGGGGGCGUGAGGGGCUUUAGCUCGGGCUCUGCUAUCGUAGGAGGAGGUGGCGGUGGUACCAGAAGCAGUUUUAGCUCCGUCUCUGUUUCCAGAGUUGGAGGAGGAAGAGCCGGAGGUGGAGGAGGCUUUGGAGCUGGUGGUGGCUUCGGCAGCAAAAGCCUCUAUAACCUAGGUGGAAGCAGAAGAAUCGCCUACAGCUCGGUCGGUGGAGGUCUACGGAGCGGAGCCGGUGGCGGAUAUGGCUUUGGUGGAGGAGCUGGCUUUGGUCUUGGCUAUGGUGGUGGAGCAGGCGCUGGUUUUGGCUUAGGAGGAGCUGGUGGUGGUGGCGGCUAUGGGCUGGGCAGUGGAUUUGGGCUGGGAGGACCUGGAUUUGGUGGUCGAGGUGGUCCUGGGUUCCCCGUUUGCCCACCCGGUGGCAUCCAAGAAGUGACUGUCAACCAGAGCCUCCUGGCACCCCUCAAGCUGGAUAUCGACCCGGAAAUCCAGAAGGUGCGGACACAGGAGCGGGAGCAGAUCAAGACCCUCAACAACAAAUUUGCCUCGUUCAUCGACAAGGUGCGCUUUUUGGAGCAGCAGAACAAAGUGCUGGAGACCAAGUGGACCCUCCUCCAAGAGCAAGGUCACACAGUCACCAGGAAGUCCCUCGAGCCCUUUUUUGAAACCUACAUCAACAACCUCAGACGGCAGCUAGACAGUCUCAUGGGAGAGAGGGGCCGGUUGGACACUGAGCUGAGGAACAUGCAGGACAUGGUGGAAGACUUUAAGAACAAAUAUGAAGAUGAGAUCAACCGGCGCACUGGUGCAGAGAACGAGUUCGUGGUCCUCAAGAAGGAUGUGGAUGGUGCUUACAUGAACAAGGUCGAGCUGCAGGCCAAAGCAGACACGCUGGCAGAUGAAAUCAACUUCCUGAGAGCUCUCUACGAAGCGGAAUUGUCCCAGAUGCAGCAGCACGUAUCCGAUACCUCUGUGGUCCUAUCCAUGGACAACAACAGAAACUUGGACCUGAACAGCAUCAUCGCCGAGGUCAAGGCGCAGUACGAGGACAUCGCCAACCGCAGCCGGGCGGAGGCUGAGGCUUGGUACCAAAACAAGUACGAGGAGCUCCAGGUCUCUGCUGGGCGGCACGGCGACGACCUGCGCAACACCAAGAUAGAAAUUUCAGAGAUCAACCGGGUCGUCCAGAGGCUGCGGAACGAGAUCGAGAGUGUGAAGAAACAGUGUGCCAACCUCCAAGCUGCCAUCGCCGAGGCCGAGGAGCGCGGGGAGAUGGCCCUCAAGGAUGCCAAAGCCAAGCUGGCCGAGCUGGAGGAUGCUUUGCAGAAAGCCAAGACAGACCUGGCCCGGCAGCUCCGCGAGUAUCAGGACCUGAUGAACGUCAAGCUGGCCCUGGACAUCGAGAUCGCGACCUACAGGAAGCUGCUGGAGGGCGAGGAGAGCAGGUGA